CCUCCUCCUCUUCCUCUUCUCCAUGCACAGAUCCGUGCAGCUGUGUGUGCGGGUGAAGUCAGUCAGGGGAAGGAUCGACUCUCUGCUCUCAUCAUGGCGCAACUUGCGACUUUGUUAGUGUGUACAUGGAUGUUUUCUCUGUCUGCAGCAGACCAGCAGGUCACAGCGACGCCCUCAGGAGACGCCACGCUCCCAUGUCAGGCUCCCGCAGAUACUCCCACUGACCUCAAACUGUUGAAGUGGAGCAGACCUGAUGUGAGUUCAGGUUAUGUCUACUUUCACAGAGACGGGCGCUUGUUGAAAGAAUACCAGCACUCGUCCUAUCGUGGUCGAGUGGAGCUGAGCGAUCCAGAGAUGAGGAACAGAGACGUUUCUGUUGUUCUGAGGAACAUCAGCAACAGCGACGCUGGAAAGUACGAGUGUCUUGUUUCAAUUAAAUCCGAACAAACAAGCAGACAAUACGUGAGGCUGACAGUCACAGAUGAAGGUCACAAAGGAGACACUCCUGCAGGAAACAAGCGUGCAAGGAUUGGGAAAGUAAAAAACACAGCUGGUGGAGGAAACAAGAAUGGAUAUGUUGGACUGGCGCUCUGUGUAGUAUCAGCACUGGUUUUAUGAUCUUUAUGUACGUAUACAAAGAUCAUUAAACCAUCAUGGUGUUCCUAAAACCUGUGGGGAGCACUGACUGGAGACGUAACAGGUAACAGAUGUUUGUCGAGACGUCCGACAGUCCGUCUGUGAACACUUUAAGAGCUCGGCCAGCAGGAACUGUCCUCAAACCAGGUUUUAAACCAUGAAACAUGAUCUUUUCCAAACCAUAACUUAACGUUUUUUUGUGCCUAACGCUAACCACUCUUUAACCACAGCGCUGAAAUGUAAAGGUUUAAUAUAUCUGCUAUGUGUAGCAUACAAAUGGAACAUGUCCACGGCUGCAGAAACAUGUAAUGGCAACGCUUCUUUUGGCUGACACGGACCUGCACUUCCUCCUACAAUGUAAAACAGUCAGUGAAAUAAGGAACCGUUAUUUUAAGAAGCUCAGAUCUGUGCGUGUAAAUAUAUACAUAUAUAUAUAUAUAUAUAUAUAUAUAUAUCUUCUACCAGAGGCCUGGGAGUUUGAGGGUUGUGUGCAGUGUGUCAGGUGUUCCUUGGGGUCACAGCUCCCAGUGCUCCCAUUAGCUCUGGCACCACUGUUGCCUUUACUCCCCACAUCUUUUCCAGCUCCUCUUUCAGCCCUCGGUAUUUUUCCUUCUUCCUGAUGUUGCUGUCGUCUCUCACCGCCUUCUUCUGUUGUUCGUCCAUCAACAUGAUGUCUGAUUGGUCAGCCAUCAGCUGUCUGUCCCACAGUAUCUGAGCUCACUCAUUCUCCACCACCUUAGGAGGUGUCUUCCACUGUGACCUUGGGACUUCCAGCCCACACUCAGUGCAGACCUUGGUCAUGGCGUCCCAUGUGCGCUCCUCCUGCUUCCGUCUUACCCCCUGCUGUUACGUGCUGAACUGUCUCAGGAGCAUCUCUGCUCAGCACCUGGGGUCCUGUCUGCUGUGGUAGACCUCUGCUUCUAUUGAUCUGGUACUAAGUUCCUGUUCCUGUGCUGUCAUGGUUAGUGCCUCUGUGCCGUCUGUCAGUCCGGCCUCUUCUAAACACUACUAGGACUGUUGAUGGUACAUGGCGUGAUGAUGGUUCAUCCUCCUCUUCUGCUGCCUGAGGUAUUCACUUACAUGUAGCGUCUCAUCUUUGGGCACCAUGUUCCUGAUAUGUUGCUGGAUGUUGGUUGUUUCGUCCUGGACGGGGGCUCUGACACUAACCAGUCCUCAACCCCCUCACUACGCUUAGUUUACAACCAGUAAUAUAUUCAGGAAGUAACUGUUUAUAUUUGUUUGGAUUUUAUUUCAUUUUAUUCUGUACUAAUUUAAAUAUUUGUAUUUGUGUAAAUAUAUUUGUAGGGUUUGGUGGAAAUGAGGCUUUACAAUUCAAUGUAUAAACCUGUUGUUAGAGCCAGAAUGUUCUUUAUCUAACCAGACGUUAAUUGUUAUGAACGAUGUGUACGUUAGGCGCUGUUGUGCUGGUAUCUUGGGCGCAGCAUAGGUAGGAAGGUCGCUGUUGCCUUGCCGGGAAAUCAAAAGGUUUUGUUUGUCACACUGUUUGGUUUCAAUGGAAACAAUGGAAAUGAACUUUGUGUCACUGAACAGAGUAAAGAGGAUUGUGAUUCUGCAGUUCACCCUUCAGAGCCUGUACUGACCACACACCACAACAAAACAUAGCGCACGGCAUCAAACCAAAGCAAGCGCACCAGUCAGGUCACUCCUGACUCAGAUAUCUCAGUGGCUUGAAGUACGAGCCUUACCUCCUACAAUAUGUGACUUUAUAGUUUUUCAUUAAUCUUCAUGUUGACGUUUUUAUGUUCCUAACUAGCUUGAGUCUGUGGUGCAGGCUCAGAUGGGCCAUCAGGCAAUUCAGACUGCAACGAGGUGACCGGUACCAUCUGUGCACACGUCAUAAUCUAGAAGAGUGGCUGUCAAACUUUUCAUGCUCAAGGUACAGCAGAGGUCAAGCCAAACUCUCAAGGCUCACCUGUAUCUGUGCACAACAGCUUCUAUUAUGUGUUAUCACUCAAAAACCAACACAGGUAGCUUUCAUCAUACUGUCUACUGACUAUCUUCACCUGUGCUUUGUCGUAAUUUUCUCUGUACAACAAAGCGAUCCAUCGUUCCACUCACAGCUGUCUCCUCUCAAAUGUUAAAAGCAUUAAAUUAAAUCACAUCUUUAGGUAGAGUUUGCCUCUGUAUUAGGAAACGGGCGCACACGACAUAUUGAUACAGACGAUUAAACACACAGAGAGGUUUGAAUGUUUCAACGUUAACGACACUUCACAGACACGGUCUGACUUGUAUGUACAUUGUAUGUUUGCUGGCUGAUCCCUUUCAUAACUUGUUGAGCAUCUGGAAUAAACAGUGAAUCAGCUC